AUGAGCACUUCUUCGUCUACCCCCAUCUAUACUGAGCUGAAAGUCAACCUCAACAAACCUCUUCAUGAACACAGAGAAUACAGAUUUUUCACUUUGCAAAACCAGCUCGAGGUCUUGCUAAUUCACGACCCUGAUCCUACCCACAUCAAAUCCACUGCUUCUUUAGAUGUCAACGUUGGUUCCUUCAGUGAUCCUCCACAUUUAGAGGGCCUAGCUCAUUUCUGCGAGCAUUUGUUGUUCAUGGGCACCAAAAUGUUUCCCAAUGAAAAUGACUAUCUGAAAUUUCUAUCAAACCACUCUGGCUCUUCAAAUGCUUAUACUGCGACUGAACACACAAACUACUAUUUCUCCAUCGACUCAAACUAUCUUCUUGAAGCUCUAGUUAGGUUUAGCAGGUUUUUCAUUGAUCCUCUUUUCUUAAAGACCUGUCAAGAUCGAGAAAUUAUCGCUAUCAAUAACGAAAAUAACAAGAAUUUGCAAAAUGAACAUCGAAGAUUCAACCAAAUCUUCAAAUUCUUAAUCGAUCCUAUUCAUCCCUACAGCAAAUUUACAACUGGUAACUUGGACACUCUUAAACAUGAUCCAGAAUCAAAAAACAUUGACAUUAGAAAUGAGUUGAUAAAUUGGUACAACAACCACUACUCAAGUAAUAUAAUGAAAUUGACCAUUCUAUCAAAUUUAAAAAUCAAUGACAUUAAAUCAGAAAUUUUCCACAUUUUUAAUCAAAUUCAAAAUAAGAAUCUAAAUUUAUCUCAAAUUCAAUCUUACAAUAACAUCCUAAUAAAACCAAUAAACCCUCAAUCAAACUGGAUCACCUAUAAAUCAAUAAAGGAAAUUAAAUCUCUAAAAUUAGUAUUCCCCAUAAAUUUAUCAAAGGUUGAUUAUUACUCCUACAAUCCUUUUAAAACCAUCUCCCAUUUAAUUGGUGAUGAAACUGAUGGCACCCUAUUGAAAUACUUGAAAUUUAAUAAAAACUGGUCCACUAAUCUAAUGACAAGUUUCCAGCUAGUCUCUGAAAAUAAUUUUCUCUUCAUAACAGAAAUCCUUUUAACAAAGUCUUCUUUCAAGAAUAACGAAAUCAUCUCAGAAAUAUUACUCAAUUUCUUUCAAUACAUCAAAAUGCUAUCCUCCUUAAAUGAACACCAAUUACGAAGAAUUAACAAUGAAAUUGACCAAAUUUCAAAGAUUAAUUUCAGAUUUAAAGAAAAUUCCUCCAAUGAUAAUAACACUGUUUCAAAAUUAUCAAAUGACUUGCAUCUCAAUGAAUUCUCUAGAGACCAUCUUCUCGACCAUGAUUAUAAAUUCACCACAAAAUUUAAUUUCCACAAAAUUAACCAUUUCUUAAAGUUGCUCAAUCCUGAUAACCUAUUAAUAUUUCAAGGAAAUAAUGAAUUUGAAGGGUUACAAUUACCUUUAAAGGAAAAAAUAUAUGGCUCCCAAUACGCAAAACAAUCAAUUAACCCAGCUUUACUAGAAAAUUUGAAAAAUUGUCUUCCAAACCCAAACUUCCACUUACCUGCUCCAAACCCUUUGAUUCCUCAAAAUUUCGAUAUAUUAAACCAAAGACAUGAUAUCUCACACAUGAUGAAAAGACAACCUCUACUAUUAAGACAAUCAGAUUACUACAAUAUUUGGUUUAAACCAGAUGAUUUCUUUGGUCAACCAAAAGGAAAUAUAUAUCUAAAUUUUAAAACCCCAAUAGCAAACUCAUCUCCAAUCAACCAAACUUUGACAGCCAUCUUUUUAGAAUUGUUUCUUUUAAAAUUCAAUGAUAUGAUUUAUUUUGCAAAACUUGCCAGCAUAGGUUUGGUAAUGAGCAGAAAUACUACCGGUUUUAAUAUAAUAAUUCAGGGCUUUAAUGAUAAAAUUUUGUCCUUUUGUAAAAGUUUGUUAUCGGAUUUAGCAGAUUUUCACAAUGACACAGAAAUCAUUAAUUCUCAAAAAUUUCACAUUGUCAAAGAACAAAUAAUUAAAUCAUACAUGAACUCAGAAUUUAAAGAACCCUAUAGACAAACUCUUAAAUAUUUUAAAAAUAUCAUUCACGACCAGUCAUGGACUUCAGAUCAAAAAUUGUACUAUUUGUUUAAUGAAACAAUUGACGAAAAUAGCACAUUGCAGCAGAAAGAAUUUAUAAACUUAGAAUCGUUCAAGGUCUUUUCUAAGCAAUUGUAUGAUCAGCUUUUUAUUGAUGUUCUUGUUCAUGGAAAUUUCAAAGAUUCAAUUGAUUCGCCAAUUGCUGAUCAAAUUGAAAAAAUUAUAUACUCAUCUUUCGUUAAUAAUUUGUCAUCUCAAAACUUGGAUAUUGCAAAAUUAUAUCUGAAUCAAAUCACAAAUAGUUAUCGUUCCUACUUGUUACCAAAAGGAAAAUCUUAUUCUCAUAAAGUUGUUUUUAAGAAAAAUGAAACCCCCAAUUCAGCUAUUGACUAUUUCAUCCAAAUAGGUGAUCUAAAACAUAUUAACAAUGCUAGAAAAUUAAUGAUGUUGUAUCUACUUGAUGAAUUUAUCCACGAGCCUGCUUUCAAUCAGCUAAGAACAAAAGAACAACUAGGUUACAUUGUCUUUGCCAAACCUAGAAUGGUUCAUCUGACGGUUGGUUAUAAAAUCAUUGUUCAGUCACAUAGAAGUUCAAAGUACUUGCAAUCAAGAAUCAAUAAUUUUUUCAAUAAUUUUAUGAAAGAUUAUAUCCACAAUCUCACAGACAAAGAAUUCGAAGUGAAAAAGAACUCACUAAGGAUUAAAUUGAAAUCAUCAGUUUCACAGCCAGUGAACUUCCGAAAUUUAAAUUCUGAGUUUUACUUUUAUGCUUCCAAAAUCCUGUCUAAUUUUUAUAAUUUUGAUUUAGUUUUCAAACAACUUUUCCUUCUAGGCUUUGAGGACAAUGGAUAUGAAAUCACGAAACAGGAUAUUAUCAAUUUUUACGAUGAAUACUUUCUUAAUUCUAAGAGCAGUGCUAAGCUUAUCCUUCAUUUGGUUUCAUCGAACAAGAAAACUGAAGACCAGAAAAUUAAAGAUCUUCAAAUAAAUGAUGGUGAUUAUGACGAAAUAACAGAUAUAAAUGAUGCCAAAAGUCAAAUGGUGUUAACGAAAUCUCCAAUACCAUUAAAACCACUUCAAAAUUAUUAUAAAUUAUAG